AGCCCAAAACUCAAGGAUGCGACUUUGGCACUCAUUCAUGAACAAGGAAGCGACUUUUAACACUCAUACAUACAACCUGACAACCCUAGAGUGAGGAAUUAGACCCAGCUGCCUCUUCGUCACUUGUCAGUACAACGCUGCUCUCAACCUCCAUUUCCCAUCAUGGCAUCGGAGAAGAAGCUGUCGAACCCAAUGAGGGAGAUUAAAGUUCAAAAACUUGUCCUCAACAUCUCCGUCGGUGAAAGCGGCGAUCGUCUCACCCGUGCCGCCAAGGUCUUGGAACAACUCAGUGGUCAAACCCCCGUCUUCUCCAAAGCUAGGUACACUGUGAGAUCUUUCGGAAUUCGGCGUAAUGAGAAGAUUGCUUGCUACGUGACUGUGAGGGGAGAGAAAGCUAUGCAGCUUCUUGAGAGUGGGUUGAAGGUUAAGGAGUAUGAACUUUUGAGGAGGAACUUCAGUGAUACCGGCUGCUUCGGAUUCGGUAUCCAGGAACACAUUGAUCUUGGCAUCAAGUACGAUCCUUCAACUGGUAUCUACGGCAUGGACUUCUACGUUGUUCUGGAACGAGCUGGUUAUCGCGUUGGCCGUCGUCGCCGAUGCAAGUCACGUGUUGGUAUUCAGCACAGAGUUACUAAGGAAGAUGCCAUGAAGUGGUUCCAGGUCAAAUAUGAAGGUGUCAUCCUUAACAAGUCCCAAAAUAUUGGAGCUUAAGAAAUAGCAGUAACGAGCUCAGCUUGAGUUGUUUUCAGUUUUGGCUACUUGAUUUUGACUAGUUUGUGUAUCAGUUUCUCUCUUUUUCCUGAAUAGAUUUAUGCUUGAGACUUUCCUGUUGGUUUUAUAUUUAUUCUUCAAUUUUUGGUAA